AUGGAGCGCGCGCCACCCGACGGGCCGCUGAACGCGUCGGGGGCGCUGGCUGAAGAGGCGGCGGCCGCAGCGGGCGGGGCGCGCGGCUUCUCCGCCGCCUGGACCGCGGUGCUGGCCGCGCUCAUGGCGCUGCUCAUUGUGGCCACGGUGCUGGGCAACGCGCUGGUCAUGCUCGCCUUCGUGGCCGACUCGAGCCUCCGCACCCAGAACAACUUCUUCCUGCUCAACCUCGCCAUCUCCGACUUCCUCGUGGGAGCCUUCUGCAUCCCCCUGUACGUGCCCUACGUGCUGACCGGCCGCUGGCCCUUCGGCCGGGGCCUCUGCAAGCUGUGGCUGGUGGUGGACUACCUGCUCUGCACAUCUUCUGUCUUCAACAUCGUGCUCAUCAGCUAUGACCGCUUCCUGUCCGUCACCCACGCCGUCUCCUACCGGGCCCGGCAGGGCGACACACGGCGGGCGGUGUGGAAGAUGGCGCUGGUGUGGGUGCUGGCCUUCCUGCUCUACGGGCCGGCCAUCCUGAGCUGGGAGCACCUGUCGGGCGGCAGCUCCAUCCCCGCGGGCCAGUGCUACGCCGAGUUCUUCUACAACUGGUACUUCCUCAUCACGGCCUCCACGCUCGAGUUCUUCACGCCCUUCCUCAGCGUCACCUUCUUCAACCUCAGCAUCUACUUGAACAUCCAGAGGCGCACCCGCGGCCGGCUGGACGGGGUGCGCGAGGCGGCCGGCCCCGAGCCCCCGCCCGCGGCCCAGCCCUCUCCGCCCGCCAGGCCCUGCUGCUGGGGCUGCCGGCUGAGCGGGCGCGGGGAGGCCGUGCCGCUGCACAGGCGCGGGGCCUGCGAGGCGGCGGCGGGCCCCGAGGCUGGGGGGGCGGCCCCGGGGGGCAGUGGCGGGGGCACCGCGGGCUCGCCCACGUCCAGCUCGGGCAGCUCCUCGCGGGGCACGGAGCGGCCGCGCUCGCUCAAGCGGGGCUCCAAGCCAUCGGCGUCCUCGGCGUCGCUGGAGAAGCGCAUGAAGAUGGUGUCCCAGAGCGUCACCCAGCGCUUCCGGCUGGCGAGGGACAAGAAGGUGGCCAAGUCCCUGGCCGUCAUCGUGAGCGUCUUCGGGCUCUGCUGGGCCCCGUACACGCUGCUGAUGAUCAUCCGGGCCGCCUGCCACGGCCACUGCGUCCCCGACUACUGGUACGAGACGUCCUUCUGGCUGCUGUGGGCCAACUCAGCCGUGAACCCGGUCCUGUACCCGCUGUGCCACUGCAGCUUCCGCCGCGCCUUCACCAAGCUGCUCUGCCCCCACAGGCUCAAGGUGCAGCCCCACGGCUCCCUGGAGCGCGGCUGGAAGUGA